CACCAAGGCAAAGCCUUGAACUUCUCUGUGAUCCCCGGCUGAGAAAGGAUCCUGACAGAAAGCUAGAGGCGUAAAGGAGCCUGAAGAAUCUCAGUAACUCUGGGAACUGUAUGGGGACUGUUUUUCCCAUUUUACAGAUAAAGCAACUGAGGAUCACAGUCACACAGUCAGAGAAAGGAGGAGACAGGCUUGAACUUAGAUCAGUCUGGAUCCAGGAGACAAACCUGCCCCUCCAUCAGUGCUGAGCCUAUGAAUGCCACCUCUGCUCUGUUCCACAAUUUGCAGGUUCUAAAGAAGCUAGAGCACCAGAGAAGACUUUUGAAGUGUGAAGAGAUUUCCUGUAAUUGAAACCAAAAUGUCAUUUAUAGAUCCUUAUCAACACAUUAUAGUGGAGCACCAUUAUUCCCACAAGUUCACGGUAGUGGUAUUACGUGCUACCAAAGUGACAAAGGGAGCGUUUGGUGACAUGCUUGACACACCAGACCCCUACGUGGAACUUUUCAUCUCCUCAACCCCUGACAGCAGGAAGAGAACAAGACACUUCAAUAAUGACAUAAACCCUGUGUGGAAUGAGGCCUUUGAAUUUAUUUUGGAUCCUAAUCAGGAAAAUACUUUGGAGAUCACGUUAAUGGAUGCCAAUUAUGUCAUGGAUGAAACUCUUGGGACAGCCACGUUUCCCAUAUCGUCUAUGAAAGUGGGAGAGAAGAAAGAGGUUCCUUUUAUUUUCAACCAAGUCACCGAAAUGAUUCUGGAAAUGUCUCUUGAAGUGUGUUCAUCCCCAGACCUCCGAUUUAGUAUGGCUCUGUGUGACGAGGAGAAAGCGUUCAGACAACAGAGAAAAGAAAACAUCAAGGAAAACAUGAAGAAACUCCUGGGCCCAGAGAAUAGUGAAGGCCUGUGUUCUACACGUGAUGUACCCGUGGUGGCCAUCCUGGGCUCAGGUGGGGGGUUCCGAGCCAUGGUGGGAUUCUCUGGUGUGAUGAAAGCACUGUAUGAAUCAGGAAUUUUAGAUUGUGCUACCUACAUUGCUGGUCUUUCUGGAUCCACAUGGUACAUGUCAACCUUAUAUUCCCACCCUGAUUUUCCAGAGAAAGGGCCAGAGGAGAUUAACAAAGAGCUAAUGAACAAUGUCAGCCACAACCCUCUUUUACUUCUCACACCACAGAAAAUUAAAAGAUAUGUUGAGUCUUUAUGGAAGAAGAAGAGCUCUGGACAACCUGUCACCUUUACUGAUAUCUUUGGGAUGUUAAUAGGAGAAACACUAAUUCAUAAUAGAAUGAACACUACCUUGAGUAGUUUGAAGGAAAAAGUCAAUGCUGGACAAUGCCCUUUGCCUCUUUUCACCUGUCUCCAUGUCAAACCCGAUGUUUCAGAGCUGAUGUUUGCAGAUUGGGUUGAAUUUAGUCCAUAUGAGAUCGGCAUGGCUAAAUAUGGUACUUUUAUGGCUCCGGACUUAUUUGGAAGCAAAUUUUUUAUGGGAACAAUUGUAAAGAAAUAUGAGGAAAACCCCUUACAUUUCUUAAUGGGUGUCUGGGGCAGUGCCUUUUCCAUAUUAUUCAACAGAGUUUUGGGAGUUUCUGGCUCACAAAAUAAAGGUUCCACAAUGGAAGAAGAACUAGAAAACAUUACAGCAAAGCAUAUUGUGAGUAAUGACAGCUCAGACAGCGAUGAUGAAUCACAAGAGCGCAAAGGCACUGAAAACGAAGAAGCAGAAAGGGAAUACCAAAAUGAUAAUCAAGCAAGUUGGGUCCAGCGUAUGCUGAUGGCCUUGGUGAGUGAUUCAGCUUUGUUCAAUACCAGAGAGGGACGUGCCGGGAAGGUGCACAACUUCAUGCUGGGCCUGAAUCUCAAUACGUCCUACCCAAUGUCUCCUCUGAGAAACUUUACCACCCAGGAGUCCUUGGAUGAAGAUGAACUGGAUACAGCAGUAGCAGAUCCUGAUGAAUUUGAGCGGAUAUAUGAGCCUCUGGAUGUCAAAAGUAAGAAGAUCCACGUGGUGGACAGUGGCCUCACAUUUAACCUGCCGUACCCCUUGAUCCUGAGACCUCAGAGAGGAGUGGAUCUCAUCAUCUCCUUUGACUUUUCCGCAAGGCCAAGCGACUCCAGUCCUCCGUUCAAGGAGCUGCUUCUUGCAGAGAAGUGGGCAAAAAUGAAUAAGCUGCCUUUUCCAAAGAUUGACCAGAAUGUGUUUGAUCGUGAAGGACUAAAGGAGUGCUAUGUCUUCAAACCCAAGAAUCCUGAUGUUGAGAAAGAUUGCCCAACUAUCAUCCACUUUGUUCUGGCCAACAUCAACUUCAGAAAGUACAAGGCUCCAGGUGUUCCAAGAGAAACUCAGGAAGAGAAAGAGAUAGCUGAUUUUGAUAUCUUUGAUGACCCUGAAUCACCAUUUUCAACCUUCAACUUCCAAUAUCCAAAUCAAGCGUUCAAAAGACUGCAUGAUCUGAUGUAUUUCAAUACCCUGAACAACAUUGAUGUGAUAAAGAAUGCCAUGGUUGAAAGCAUUGAAUAUAGAAGACAGAAUCCGUCUCGUUGCUCUGUUUCCCUCAGCAGUGUUGAGGCAAGAAGAUUCUUCAACAAGGAGUUUCUAAACAAACCCACAGCCUAGUUUGUGUACUGGGAAGGGUAGCAAUUUCUGAUGUGGAUGUAGGAAAUUCCAUGACAACUGGAUUUAAAAACACAGGACAGAUCUAAGCACUGAUCUCAAGGGACCAGUUGAUACUCAAAGUAGCAGUUAUUUAGCUGCAGGAGAAUAAUACCCUUAUAGGUUUGUUAGGUUGACAGGUAAUGUCAAUUGUGUAAAAACAUACUCAGCUACAUUUUCUAUCAGUAUGAAUUUCCUGAUGCAAAUGUAGAGAUGUGCCAUAUUUUUAGACAUUCCUCACCAACUAUCUUAUGUGUCCUUUUUUUAAAAAUGUUUCUUUUUUAGAAUAUUUAAUGGUUCAACUCAGUAAGUAAGACUUUGUAUUGUGUGUGAAUGUAAUUCACUGACUGGAUUUAUUCGUGCCAUGAGACAACACUAUUUUUUAUUUAUAUAUGCAUAGAUACAUACAUGAAAUAAAUGCAUCUAUAUACAAAUA